UUUAAAGCAGUGUAUGAAAUUAUCUCCUUCAAUUUAAGGUUUUAUAUACGUUAGGAGAGACACGCACCUGUGAUUAAAUCAGAUAAAAAAGCGAAAGAGGAAGUAAAAUCAUUGCCGAAUUCUGCUAGCUCCUGGGAAUCAUGUGCCGUAUCUUCCAGAACGGGAUGAUAUUAUGGUGAAUACAAAUAAAACUUAGUCUUUCCUGUUGGAUUUUUGAAUAAAAUGGAUGUAAAUAAAGUACAAAGAACAGGGAGUAGAUCCGCACUCCAGGAAAAGCCUGAAAGUAAUGUAGGCAGAACACAACCAGGAAACCCUUCCAGUAGCAGCAAUGCUGCAACAAUACACAGUGCAAGCCAGAAACCGGGCAUAAACAAGAGAAACAGUAAACUAAACAUUCCGGCUGCCUUCUUGGCAGACAAGCAGGAACCAGCAAUGAAUAGACCUCCGAUUCCCAAGAAAGUUGUGACAAAUCCUGUGGAGGAUACUAAACCUAGUUUUACUCCUAAACCGGCAUUAAAACCAGCUAGACUUCCCACAGACAAAGAAGGAAGUGUGGCAACCAUUCUCAGGACCAUUAAAAAUGCAGAGAACAGGGCACAUGAAAAUGGGGAUGUUACAAACUCUGAAGACUCUGAAACUACAAAGUCCAAACCUUUGAAUCCAUUUUUGGCGAAUGACUUGAAAAAUAAAAGUGAGAUAAAUAAGCCAGCUACUCCGCCAAAGGCACCAAAACCAGAUUCAGAAAAACCAGUCCCACCUUGGAAAGCUGCAAAAACAGUUGAAUCUGAAAAACCUGCACCACCUUGGAAAGCACCAACUAAGGAACUAGAUCCUGCAAAACCUGUGCCUGCAUGGAAACGUAAACCUUCUACUGACCAGAAGGAUGAAGAAAAUACUUCUAACAAAAGUGAGAAUGUACCACCUUGGAAAGCUCAGCUGGAAAGUAAAAAGUCAGCCAUUGAAACCAAUAAGGUGACAGAAGAAAAACCAAUACCACUGUGGAAACAAAAAAAUCUCCAAAACAAGCCAGAGCCUUUGAGCAAACCAGAGCCAAGUAAAACAGAUUCAAAGGAUGAAAACAAACCUCCUCCUGUAAGUAGACUUAAAAGCAGUCCUUUUUUGGCAAACCAGUCUGAAUUAAACAAAGCUAUAGGAGGACUGCGGAGGACAAGCAGCAGUAGUGAAAAAUCAGACGAACCACCACCUGUGUUAAGGAACUUAAAAACUAAGAAGUCUGUAGUUCGGAAAUCUAUAACACGGCAAUUUGAUCAAAAAAAGUUUUAUGCUGUAGAUAUAAAGACAAUAGAAGUGGAUAUAACCCCUCCUCCAAAGCCUACAAAAUUACCUGUUGUCACUAAUAUAGACAGUAUUGUAGAGGAAUACAAAUCCAGGCUAAAUACUACUACAGAGGACGAACCUGAACCUCCCCCAGAAGCAGAGGAGGAGCUUGAGGUAGAUGAACUUUAUGAAGAACUCCCUGAGGAACCAGUAUCGAGGAGGCCCGGAACCACCACACAGGGGAGGGCCUCAAAGGCUGUCUCCCUUAUACCAGAAAUGGCCUCUGAUGAAGAGGAUGAGGGAGAGGAAUAUGCUGAUACUGCCAAUGUCGCUAGCCCCCCACAGGUGGACCUCUCGUCCCUCCCCCCACCACCCCCCUCAAUACCAGCCAGGGGGAGACCACCCCCACCCCCACCAUCAACACCAUCAGUAUCUGCUGACAAUGAGAUUGAACAAGAAGAAUACCAAGAUGCUGAAGCUGGUGGGAUUGAAGAAGAGGGCUUAGAACAGGAUGAUGUGUACGAACCACUGGAUGACAUUCAAGAAGAGAUGGACAGAAAAGAGGAAGAAGAAAGGAAAAGGCAACAAGAAGAGAAGAGACUGGAGAAAGAGAGAAAGGAGAAGGAAGAAAAAAAUAAAAAGGAAGAACAGAAAAGAAUGAAGGAAGAAAAGAAACGGCAAGAGGAAGAAAAGAAAAAAUUCGAGAAAGAAAUGAAAGCACUCAAGAAAAAGUUUAAUAUACAGCGGUCUGACCUUGACAAUCCACAAGGUGAAGGUAACAUUAUGGAGGACGAAAAAGGAAGCAAAAACAGUCUGGAGGUCAAAAAGGGCAUGAGAGUUCAGAUAAUCCGGAUAACGGACAACCCUAAGGGAAAAUGGCUUGUCAAAUUAGCGGCCACAGGAAUAGUUGGAUAUGUGGAGUCCAGUAAUGUAAUCAUGGAUAACAAUCUCAUUAAAUCGGUAAUGGCUGGUGAUUAUAUGAACAGUAUGUCUCUUCCUCCCCCUCCUCCUGAGUUACUAAUGGAUGACCAGGAGGAGUACGCUGAUGCAGAGAUUGGGGAACCAGAUGAGUUGUAUGAGGCAGUGUAAAGUGAACUCAUCAUGGACAAGCUGCUACAAAAAUUGACUGUGAUUAUUUUUUUUGUACAUUUUUCUCCAAAGAAAGGGAAAUGUCAAUAUAUUAAAACAGAAAAUUCUCAAGCAGAGAAGACAUAGAAUUUUUUUCUCUGCAGCCUGCCAAGCUGGUACAUUUAACUUAACAGAAAUCUCCUGUCUCUAAUUGGUGCAAUGUAAAGUCUCCAUAAAUCAAGGUUGAUGUAUACCAGAUAUUUAGACACUGGGGAAGGUGGAGACUGGCUCUUGACCCAUUCUCCAUUUGUCUUGUACUUAACACUAUACAUGUAUACCUAUAUAAAACUUACAUUCACUCAUUAAUGUAAACAUGUAUAUCAACUGAUAUUUAUUGUAUGCAUUAUAUCCCUAUACUAUGUUUCACAGUUGUUUUUGUAAGUAAAAGUCAUGAGACGGUUGAUGCAUUUAUAAAGACAAAUGAAUUAUUGCUGUAUAUUUAUGUUUAACAUCUUUAAAACAUGUUCAGAUAUUGGGAGUCAGUAUUUGUUAAGAGGAAAUCUUACAGUGACAAUCUAAUUAGACAUGUCUCCCCAUGCAGUUGUAUUACUUCUAAAAAAGAAAUCCAUUCUAGAAUUUGUUCUUGCUACUACAUUAAUCAGAGUGAUCAAACAUAGAAAUCUGUUGGCGUUUAACGUCCAAAGAUAUUUUUAAUAUUGUCACUUUUUAUUCUCUAGUCACGCAUUAUACAAGUGCUUUGUUUAGCAUCUUUUUUUUCCCCAUUUGAUUUUAAUACACAUAUAGUUUAUAUAAUUGUAACACAUAUUUCAUUGUUUUAAUCAAAAUUCUUAUACUAUGUGUACAAGUAUACAUGUAUCGUACAUCAUGUACUAGCAAAGAACAAUGACAGACUUAUUGAAAACACUUUCACAAUCAUGUAUAUGCAUUGAUUUAAUAAGAUUUAAGUGCAAUGUUAAAGAAAUGUGAACAAGGUUUUUCAUAUUUUAUGCAUAAUGCUGUACUUAAAUUAUGAUUUUAUGUUAUCUUUUCUUUAAAUCAUUUUUUUUUUUAUAUUUGAGUGAUGAAUACAUUAGUGUAAUAGAAACAGCUCAGCACCACCAGUGGUUUUAUCUCUUAACUUGCUGUGAUUAUAGCUCAAUUUGUAUUUUCAAACAUUUCAUAUACAUAUUUUAUGUACAGUUUACAAUUGUUAAAUUUUUGUGCAAUGUAGAUGCCUCUUCCUCAAUCAAUUUUCAUUCCCCAAGUACCUUUAAAUAUUCUGUAUAGCAUGGAUUGAACCGAAAAUAAUUUAUUUCAAAUGUAUAAUUGCUCAGAGAAAAAAAAAUUGUGAGCUGCUUUAAUUCUCUGUGUUCAGAUAUGGUACAUACUGCCCCACUUCCAUGCUCCAAUUAUUUCAACUGUAAAUGUCAAUGCAUUCCACCUUUUAAACAGAUUAUUUUUUUAUUAGCUUUUGUUACAAAUAAGAAAUAAAGCUAGAAAUACAAUAUUAA